AUUGCGCAAAUAUGAUGACGUCAAUCUGCAUGUGACACAACUCAAGAGCUAGAGAAAAUUCAAGCUAGAGUAUAUAAAAUAUAGACGUUCAUACUUGACUCACAGAAACUUAUUAUGGCUCUGGUUCAAGGUGAGGACACUGAGAGUGAUGAAGAGAUCAACACUGACCAGAUUCAUGCUCUGACACUCACUCCUGAUGGCUCCCUCACCACCGUUCAACCAGACACCGCUCGUGGGAAAGGAGCUGGUAUUGUUGCUGGGGAGGAGUCAGAAACUGAUGAUGAGGAUGAACCUGAUGGGUCAACAGAGCCCCCAGAUGUCCACCUGGUUUUACCCAGUGAAACGGCCAGUGCUAGUCCUGGGCACUCGCAGAAAUCCUCAGUGGACUCCAAUAAUCCGGCCCCUCAAUCGUUGCUUCACAAAAAGUUGCGAGAAACGAACGUCGAUCUGAGACGGAGGAUUAUGAACAGAAUACUACGGCUAUAUCGCACCAUCUGCUACAACCUUACCACUGUCAACGACAAUCUGAGCAAAGUCCAAGCAACAGCAGAGAAAGUGAACUCACAACUAAAGCAAAGUGACAAAGAUCUGGGGCAGCUGAACAUUAUUCUUUCUAGUGUAAAUGCCGACACCAAAUUAUUUGCACCAAAUAUCUGCAUUGAUGUACCUCCCCCCUCCCUGAGUAGGAGACAGCUGUUUAAGCGGUCACCCGAUCGACCUCGUACAUCGCCUACAGCUGUGACAAACUUAUCUCAUGACAAUUAGAUUAUUGUUUGCAUUUAUGUGACAUGUGUGUGUGUUUAUGACACGUUAUAAUUGCGGAAUUAAUGUGUUCACUAUUGAAA